CAUACCAUACAUGCAAGAAUGAAGAACAGGUUCAUGUUUGUAAGAUACUUAAUAUGUAUAAAAUUAGGAUACUUGAUAACCAAUGCUAACUCCCAGAGUCUCAAAUUCUUAGUGAUUGGGGACUGGGGAGGAACAGACAAGUUUCCUUACACUACGGUAGGACAGGUUAGCACAGCAAGGCAAAUGGAACAACUAGCUGAAAAGGAACAUCCAGAAUUUGUAUUGGCUCUGGGUGAUAAUUUCUAUAAUGAUGGAGUAGAAACAGUCGAUGAUCCCCGAUUUCAGGAUACAUUUGAGAAUGUUUAUACAAGUGCCGCUAUAAAUAUACCUUGGUACCUUAUAGCAGGCAACCAUGAUUACUAUGGCAAUGUUUCAGCACAGAUCGCCUACACAAAAGUGUCCAAACGAUGGAACUUUCCUCAUCUGUAUCAUUCACAAUCUUUUAAUAUACCUGGAACAUCUGAUACCAUUGAUAUACUGAUGAUAGAUACAGUGUUGUUAUGUGAAACAGAUGACAGAGAACAAAGGGACAAUCAAUGGGAAUGGAUUGAAAGAAAUCUCAAAAAUAGCAAUGCCAAAUAUUUAUUCACUGCAGGUCAUCAUCCUAUUUAUUCUAUAGGCUGUCAUGGUGGAAGUAGGUGUUUAGAAGAUAAACUGCUGCCAUUACUAUAUAAAUAUACAGCUAAUGGUCAUUUCGCUGGUCAUGAUCAUUGCUUACAGCAUUUACAGACGAGUAAAGAAGACAUAACUUUAGAUUUUAUCGUUUCUGGUGCUGCCAAUGAUAUUGUUAGUGACACUCAAUAUAAAGAGGAAGUUCCUGAAAAUUAUUUAAAGUUCCAUUUUGGCGAUAAGGACAGUAAAGGAGGAUUAUGUUUUAUAGAUGCCAACUCUGAUAGACUCAAAAUAAGUUUUGUGGAGGCCAAUGGUGAUGACCUUUAUCAGACUACUAUCUUUCCCAGGUACAUAUGAAUAUGGCGAAUAAUGGACCAUUAAAUACAAAAUGUGGCUAGAUUGAUUUGGUACUAAUGUUUGAAAUCCGUGUAAAGACAAAUUGAUUAGGUUGGUGGCUUGAUGCUUGAGGUGUUGGUAAGCCUAAAUAUGCGAAAAAUAAAUCAAGAAAGAUAACUCGAGAGAACGGAUCAAAUUAAGAAAAUCAAUGAAGUAAGAACAGAGAGAGUGAGAAAUGGUGUUUAACGUCUACUCGACACAAACUAAGUCAUUUCGGGACUAACAUAUGGUUUAAUUUUUUAUUUCAAUAAUUCGCUUGUGCGUAGGGGUCUUUAGCAGUGGGAGGAAACCGGAGGACCCGGAGAAAACCCACCAGGUUGGACAGGCAACCCUACUCCUUGUCACGUACAACCGGGGAUUCGAAACCACAGGCCUUAUGAUAUAGCGCGCGUACGUGCUAACCACUCGGCCAUCCAACCCCCCAUCACAGGUAGACAUUUUAGCUUGAAAGCACGAGACUUGGUAUUAGCGACGAUCGAGGAAUCUGAUAGGCUCACAAGCUGGGCUUGUACCCAAUCGAAAUUAGUGCCGAAAGAUGUACGUAGUUAAAGCAAGAUCAAGCCUUCUAUUGAAGAUGUUGCUGAUCCUGCUGUGGGCUAUAUGCUAUUAGUAUAAAAAUAUUAUUCAUGUACAAUAAAAUAUCCGUGAUCAAUUUACUGAAAUGUAAAUACUAUAUUGUUUGGAUAAAGUGGUAUUUUUCAAAAUUUAAAUUAAAACCCUGUCCAGAAGCCUAAUAGAGGUUGAUAGCUUGUUCAUUGCCGUUCCUUUGGUUGGCUAUAUGGAAUAUAAUGAUAUUAAAAUAAAGAUAUUUUUCAUGUACAAUAAAAUA